GAUGAUCGGACGUGAUCAGCCAUCUUACUCAUUUCAAGAAACCUGUCUGAUAACAUACAUCAAAUUAGCGAUAAUUCGUAGUAAUCCGUCGCUGCCGUGAAACUACAGCAGCCAUGAUUUAUAGAAUUAUAUAUUCCUUACUUUUAGCAUCUAGCUGGCUAGCGAGUAGCGCAAGUCCGACCUCUCUCGAUUCCAGUCCCUCAUCCCAAGACGACACAAAAUACCAGCUAAAAGGACAUGAAUCUCCUCGACUCUUUACUGAACCCUUGGGUUACGGUUCAAUACUUCAGUCUAGCGAGUAUUAUUCCUACGAGGCCAAGCACGGAUGUCAGUGUGCAAUGUUCCUGGUAACGAAUUCUGAGUGGCUGCCGCAACACAAAGUCUUCGCCACAGGCGAGCAAUAUCCUGUCAACUGUUCCUUGCCCAGUGAAGCUCAUGAAGAUUGCCGAAAGGCGUGUCAGGAAGAGAACACGAGCGUGACGCGCGUGUUCCAACUUCACCCCGAAGCCUUGUACAUGUAUCCUCCUUCAUCGGCCACCCCGUGCACGCUGCUGCCCGCUGCCACCGCCACCUUCUACCAGGCCUGCGGGGAGCAGUGGUCGCCGCUGCCGCUGCCGUCUUUCAUGCACGUUUGCUGCCAUCCUGAGACGGGCGCACCUGCGUGGUGCGAUUCCAUCCCUGACGAGCUUUUCACCCAACGUAAUGGGUAUGGGCAAGACUUGGGCAUUGAAGACCGCGGCUUAGACCUGGAAAAAAGCCCCGACGACGCAGAGAACAACGAGAUAGAGGGAUCGACUAAGCCUGAGAAGCUAGAUAAUGACAUCUUGAGUGGUGGCGCUGAACGGUCAUGGCUGAAGUAUGUACUGAACAUCUUCGGGUACAACAGCCUUGGAGAGAUGGUGCAAGGCUUCGAUAUCUUCUCCCUACCUCAGAGACUCAGACACGCCGUCAAGGACUACCGAGACGAGGUAGGCAUGGGCCAGUGCUACAUGGAGUAUACGACCUACUCCAUCUUCACCAAAGGCGAGAACCCCUUUGAGGCGUUUAUGCGCUCUAAACGAUCCGUGAGCGACGACCCAGACUUGAGCUUUUCACUGGAUGGUGAAGAGGUGGACGCGGCCGUAAAUUCUGCGCCGGAUGAAGAUUACAGGAACACAAAAUAUUCCAGUGGAGAGUCGAAGAAAGCUCAGAUCGAGACCAUCAAGUCAUUGGUUGGGAGUCUGGUGAACAUGUUAGAUCAGUCGGAGAGCACCAAACGCUAUGCAGUCGUCAUAAGACAGCUACUGCCUGUCGUCACGCGCGUCUAUGCAGCCGAAGACCCACAACAAGCUGUGCAUACGCUCGUGUCUUCCGUGCUCGGACCCUACCUCGAGAAGAUUCAAACCCGCAAACCGAAGCCUGGCGACAGCCACAAAAUUUCCGAGAAGAAAGAUAAGUUGAAGUCAUCAAAGCCAUCGAUUCCUGAUCCACCAUCACUGGAUGACGCGAUUACCGAAGCUGGAGAUGACGCUGAACCUUCACCCAUAAGCACCAUCUUAUUGAACCUCGUGCGCCAGUACAUGGGAAUUUACUUCAACACGUUGACCGGAUCGUCUCCUAAUAAAAUCGUAAACGAAAACUUGAUAGAAGAAAAAGUCGAAGAUGAGAUCAGAGUACCGUCGAAAAAGCCACCUUCGCGACCAGCGGCGUCGUUUGACUGGAUGAGGCUAUUGAACCUAUUUCUUGGUGGACCUGGACAAGCAAAUCCCCGUCCUACGACUACCAAGGCUACAACGACCCCCGCGCCCGUCAUCGAUGAGAAGAAAGAUGACGUCGCUGCAGCGGAGCUGGUCCGGCCCAGAGACUUUGUAGACGUGAUACUUGAAAUUAUCCGGCCUGUGUUCAUCAGCAUACUCGGCAAGGCCCCUGGAGACAGCGGCGUGGAAAACAUCAGGGAGAUUUCUCGCCUCAGCGUCCUGGGGCGUGUCGACGAUACCGUCGCGGCGAAUGUUUUGUCACCGUACUUCUGUCUGAAGACAUACGGCGUCAACAAAGCUUGGUCGCUAACGGAACGAACCUUAAGAAGCUUCGCUGCCUCGCUUACGCCUGAAGAAAUUGAAACAGUGAGAGCGUUACUGGCGUGAUAACAACAUUUAUUUUUGUCAGAAGAUUUAUGAGGAGAUUGAAUAGUUCGCUGGAACAAUUAAAUAAGGCCCAUCUUUCGAUUUAACGACCCUAUCCAGGGAGUAAGAAAUACACUACGAGGUGUACAUUUUUUUCCUGUUUUGGCCGGUGGUGUUCCAGACCGCGGAACCGAUUUCCCGGAAGCUUCUUAAUUCCGAAGCUGAAUGAUCAUAAACUCAGUUUUAUAUUCACAGCUGGAAUCCCAUGAAAAGAUGCUACAGCUAUCAAUUGAAUUGGGCUCAUGUGGGGAUACUGCUGUUAAAUUGAAAGCAGCAAGUUAAUUUGUAAGGAAAUAUGUUCGCCCAUUUUCAACUUUUUGAUCACGUUUUGUCAUUUGUCAAUUUUAUAAUUAAUCAAUUACAGCGUAAAUUUGAUGAUUCCAAUUACCGUUACUGAUUUUCUUCAAUGAAAUUGCCAUUAGAGGUAAUUUAUUUUUACUGCUGUUAUUUGACUAGUGCCAACGAUUCGGUGUGCGUGCGUGACGUAUGCGUUUUAAUUUAAUUCUAGAUGCAGGAUUGAUGAAGAUGGACUGUGUAUAGCCGACUAUUAGGCUCACCUAUAUUUUAUUAUUUAUUACCUGUUAACUUCACUAAAACUGUUAGCGCUCUAGUUUUAUAAUUUUCAGCAGUCAUAAAUACCGUGGUUCGUCUCAAGCUGUUAAGAGACCACCUCUAAAAUUAAAUUUUUAUCACCUAAUUUAUUACGAUAGACGUUAUAAAAUUGGUGUUUCUUCACAACAUUUCCGAAAGUACCACAAAUGAAAUUUAUUUAGAGUACUGCCAUGUUAAAGCUUCACCCUGAGUGUUAGAUUGUUUUUUCUGUCAAGGACAGCUUUAUGAAGGCUCAGUAGUCGUAAAUUUCAUUUUAAAUCAAGAACAACAUUUUUUAGAAUAUAGUCGACGAGAAAUGUUUUUCGAGCUUAUCAAGUACAUUACCUUAAGCGGACCUUAAUUAUUGAAAUGAUUUAAUGACUCUUGAUAUAAUACCAAUUAUAGUAUAGUUGGCAUGUUAAUACUUAUAAUGUCGUCUAUUGAAAGUGAUAGCUUCAUAUUGUGAAUCUAAACUAUUUUCGAGAUUUACAAAUCCGAGAUAGUUCGUUUAUAGAUCCUAUUUGGAUCUACAAUUAUGUUUAAUGUACGGUAUUAUUUUGAAACAUAUCACAUAUCCAUUCUUGUAUCGAGUACGAUGUUGCCUUAACGAAUGACUACCAGUUUCUUCCUGAUGAUGUAUAACCUCCACCCUUGUCUCGAAGCUUGCAAGCUACCGUAAUUUGAACUUCUCGAUUUUUCAUAAAUCUUGCCGAUCUUUAAAGUCUUGAAAUUCCGGUAGUAAUUUAUUUAUGAACAUCCGUGAUACGCUUGCACCUCGUUGAGCGUGUAGAUUCUAAAUAUUCUUAAAUAUCACUGAAGAAAAACUUGUGAUGGUAAUAGAGAUCAAUUGAUCAAUUAUACAUGAACUAAGUUUAUCAAUUAAGAUAAAAUCUUGUUCCGGGCCUUGUUUAGGUCGUAAGUUGAGGAGAGACAUUUCGUUGUGAAACCGAGAUUUUGUUUGUUCUCGUUAUGCAUUCAGACACUCUUACUAUAUAUUUAUUUAAAUUAUUACUUAGUAUUGACAUUUAUUAGUAAAAUAUACCUACUGACUAUGUUUCACUUCCUAUGU